UCCUUUCAGUAAACUGAUUUGGCUGUGGGAGAUAUGUAGCUGCUAUUGACUUGUGACCAAGUAUCUGAACCCGACCUUUUCUUGUUACAUGCCAUGCGAGGAAUGAAAUGAAGCGAGCUUUGAUGAUGUUUUGCAGCUGUAAAUUGUUUACUCAGGGCAAUGUCACCCUUCCCCGCAUAAUGAACUGACUCAGUGAGAUGAUUGGACCUGAUUGGCUGAUGCUUGGAGUACAUACCUGCAAUUGUUUCUGCCUUUAGCUUGCUGAUCCUGCAAUCGUAUCUAUGGAUCCUAGUUUUAGAUGUGCAAUCUCUUGUCAUGUUUUUUCCGUUGUCGUAAGAGGGUAACUAGUUAUUUAUCCUGAUAUGUAGGACUGAGAACUUAAGCUUGUUUUGCCUAUGUAUAUGUGAUGACAAUGGGAUGUUACCCGAAUUUUAGCAAAUCUUACCGAUGUUGGCAAGAAAUUCCGUUCAAGCUUCACAGUAUGUCGCUGAAAUGACAUCACGGCAUUUCUUCAGUUGCCAGCCAUAUCCUAGUUAAAUAAUUUGGCUGAGGGAAUUAUUAGUGCCAUAGCCUAUUUCUAUAUUCCUGCAUUAUCUAAGUUGAGAUUGUGACGUAUGCUAACAAGAUGAUUUCUAAAACACCAGUGUAAGAUUUUGAGAAUACCUUAAUUGUAUCUGCAUUUUAUCUUCAAGUUUUAUGAUGUACUAGUGAUCUAAACGAUCUUAUAUUUCUUUACAGAGGGAGUACUAAACUACAUCACAAUUCUAACAUUUGCUCGGACGUAGAAGUGGAAGUUCACAUUAAGAAUGAAUCCUCUCACGCCCUAAGACCAACAGUGUUUCGUCCUCUGACAGCAAGGAGGUCAGAAGCUCAAGAAUUGCUCGGACACCACACCACCCACUCUCAAAUCUCAAUGGAGCUACCACCAUGGGCGCCCUUCCUCGCCGUCGUGCUCGCCACCAUUCUCUUCUUGAAGGCCGUCUUCCGCCGCAAAGGCACGUGCAACCUCCCGCCUGGCCCCAAGCCAUGGCCGAUCAUCGGCAACCUCAACCUCAUAGGUGCACUCCCGCACCGCUCCAUCCACGCGCUCUCCAAGCAGUACGGCCCGCUCAUGCAGCUCCGUUUCGGGUCCUUCCCUGUCGUUGUUGGCUCCUCGGCCGAGAUGGCCAAGCUCUUCCUCAAGACCCACGACGUGGUGUUCACCGACCGGCCCAGGACCGCCGCCGGCAAGUACACCGGCUACGAUAACAGCACCAUCACAUGGUCCCCGUACAACGCGCACUGGCGCCAGGCGCGCAGGGUGUGCCUUGCGGAGCUCUUCAGCGCGAGGCGGCUCGAGUCGUACGCCUACAUCCGGCGCGAGGAGACGCGCGCCGUCCUGUGCGGCCUGCACGAGGCCUCCGGGCGCCUCGUGCUGCUCAAGGACCACCUGUCCACCCUGAGCCUGAACGUCAUCUCGCGCAUGGUGCUGGGCAGGAAGUACCUGGAGAAGCAGGCGGCGGGCGAGGACGGCUCGGCGACCAUGGCGCCGGAGGAGUUCAAGUGCAUGAUAGACGAGCUCUUCUUCCUCAACGGCGUGCUCAACAUCGGCGACUCCAUCCCAUGGCUCGACUGGAUGGACCUUCAGGGGUACGUCAGGAGGAUGAAGAAGCUGAGCAAGAAGUUCGAUCGAUUCCUAGAACAUGUCUUGGACGACCACAACGAGCGGCGGCGCCUCCAGGGCGAGAACUUCGUGUCACGGGACAUGGUUGACGUGCUGUUGGAGAUAGCCGGCGACCCAAAUCUUGAGGUCAAGCUCCACCGGAAUGGCGUCAAAGCUUUCAUUCAGGAUCUCAUCGCCGGUGGCACGGAAACCACGGCGAUCACAGUGGAGUGGGCCAUGUCGCAGAUGCUCAAGAAACCCGAGGUGUUCUCCAAGGCCACAGAGGAGCUGGACCGUGUGGUGGGGCGAGAACGAUGGGUGACGGAGGACGACAUCCCCAGCCUUCCCUAUGUGGAGGCCAUCGUCAAAGAAACCAUGCGGCUGCACCCGGUGGCGCCCAUGCUGGCACCCCGUUUGUCCCGUGAGGACGCUUCCGUCGGUGGCUACAACAUCCCCGUUGGUACGCGCGUGCUCAUCAACGUGUGGUCCAUCGGCCGUGACCCGGCAGUGUGGGAUUCGCCGGAGGAGUUCGUACCGGAACGGUUCGUCGGCAGCAAGAUCGACAUCAAGGGGCAUGACUUCGAGCUGCUGCCAUUUGGGUCCGGGCGGCGGAUGUGCCCCGGAUACAGUCUGGGACUGAAGGUGAUCCAUGUGAGCCUCGCCAACCUGCUGCACGGCUUUGUGUGCAAGCUCCCCGAUGGCGUGACGACGGAUCAGCUGAGCAUGGAGGAGAUCUUCGGCCUGUCGACCCCGCGCAAGUUCCCGCUACAGGUCGUGAUGAAACCCAAGCUCCAGGGCCACCUCUACGCAAGGGGUCAUUAGGGUAUUGUUGUCCGCUUCUUGUGCUUCCCAAGUCUCGUAUUGCGUUCUUGUGUUGCGUAGAGUCAUGUGGAAAAAUAAUGGGAAGAUUCGAUGGAUGCUUGUCCAUAAGAUGCUUGCUAACUAGGGGCAUUUGACGUCUAUAUAAUCUUCUCAUUUUUUUUAGAAAAGGAGGAUGACCCCCGGCCUCUGCAUCU